AUGAAUGGUAAAGUCAUACCCCAGACCCCGAUCGCAGUUGAUUGCUGGCAGCUCAGAAAGUGCAGCCAUGUCCGGCUGUUUUUCCUCUCCCAUAUGCACACAGAUCACACAUCUGGGCUGACCUCCACCUGGAGCCACCGACCCAUCUACUGCUCCCCCCUCACCGCCAAACUCCUCAGACUUAAACUACAGGUGAAUGAAAAAUGGAUUCAUGCUCUGGAGGUUGGGGAGCCACACAUGUUGCCAUUGGAUGAUAUUGGAAAAGAAAAAUUGACUGUUACUCUUAUCGAUGCCAACCACUGUCCUGGAGCAAUUAUGUUUUUCUUUGAGGGAUACUUUGGCACCAUUCUUUAUACUGGUGACUUUCGGUAUACUCCAUCAAUGCUGCGUGAGCCAUGUCUCAGGAACAAUACCACGAUCCAUGUGCUCUAUGUGGACAACACUAACUGUGACCCCACUCGCUCUAUUCCUUCUCGCCAACGAGCCUGUCAGCAGAUGAAGGAGAUCAUACGAGGCCAUCCAAACUACACUGUUGUCAUUGGCAUGUACGCUCUGGGAAAGGAGUCUCUACUGGUGCAGUUAGCUCUGGAGUUUAAGACGUGGGUGGAGGUGGACGUGGAACGUCUGGAGACCCUGCGAUUGCUGGAGCUGCCUGACGUAUUCAGCACAGAACCGGGCUCGGGUCGCCUCCGUGUCGUCUCUCAGUCUGAGAUCAACGCAGCCAACCUGCUUGCCUGGAAUAGACAGCGGCCCACAAUCGCCAUACUGCCAACCAGCCGUCCGGUGGUAUCAUGCCACCCUAACGUCCACGUCGUGCCCUAUUCGGACCAUUCCUCUUACCAGGAGCUGGAAGAUUUUGUUUCAGCUCUGCGCCCUGUCUCACUGGUUCCUAUAGUGGGAAACUGCAUGCCACACUUUUCUUCUCUUCUGUCUUCGCGCAGAAAGCGGCAUGAAGUUGUGGUACCCGAGUCUGUGCAGCAAUACAUGCGGGAAAAGCCUCGUUUUCAGCCCUGUACUUUCAGAAUGAGUCAUAUUCUUCAGCGUGCUUUACACCCAGUGCCUCGAGGGGUGGUGUUUGAAUCACCUGGGAAGAAACCCAGACUUGAUAAUGGGGAGUCGGAUGCCGUGGAAGCAGAUGACGGUGCAGCUGAAGUCGAUUCUGAGAUUGAUGGAGACUCAGAUUGUGUUCUGUUGGACAUGAGCACAGACGUUACUCACAGCGCUGGCAAUCCGCUAUGUAGGAACUCGAAUCAGGUCACACCUGAAGAUGAAAUUACAGUUGAGAGCAUUCCGACAGACAAUAUUGAUUCCUUAUUUGACACAACGGCACCCAAAAGCACAAGCAAAAAUCACGACAUAAGAAGCCCUCCAGUGAAAAACACAAACCCCAGGGAGACGACCAUAAACAGUAAUAAUUCCCAUCACAGCGUCUGUGUGGAGGCUUCAUCAACCUCAGCACCAUCUGACACACAUCUGGAUUUCUUUAGUCGGUCUGAUAUAAAUGAAAGAGAGAAGACUGAGCAGUGGCUGCUGAACAACUUUAUGAUUCCAAAAGAAGAACUCACAGGUCAUUGUGGGGUGAUUGACGGUCUACACAAGCUGUAUCCUCUUGCUCCCAUCAACACACCGAAAGCAGAGGUGGAUCUGUUUGAAGCUGCAAUACUGAAACUGAAAUCCAAAUAAGCACCUAUGUUAAUACAUCUGGUAAUGCGAACUUUGAGGUAUUUGUAAGAAAUAAUGCACAGUACAUAUUUAUAGAAAAACAACCAACAGCAGGGUGGUGUGGGCAGCUGUAGCCUAGUGGUUAAGGUAGAUGGCUGCUGGGUCAAGCCCCACCACUGCCAGGUUGCAACUGUUGGUCCCCUGAGCAAGGCCCUUAACCCUCAUUUUUUUAUUAGAUUGUAUAGUAUCACAACUGUAAGUCGCUUUGGAUAAAAGUGUCUGCCAAAUGUUGAAAAUGUAAGUGUAUGGUGGAGCCUGACACAAUGUGGAAUCCUUUUAUUUUAACAACAAACCUUAAAGUGUUGCUUUAUUCCACUUUGUUCCAAGAAAAUCGCCACCAAUUACACUUUAUUGU